AUGGGGGAUAAUGUCUCUGUAGUUAUUCAGAGAAAGCUUCCUGCAAAGUGCAAUGAUCCAAGUACGUUCACUAUUCCUUGUAUGAUAGGAAUAGUGAAACUAAAAAAUUUGGGUCAGCCAGAAAAGCCAUUGAAAACUACCAACAAAAUGGCUAGAACUUUGGUUUUUAUUUUAUUUUUAGAUGCAAAUAUGAACAACUGGUUAGGGUUCUCACUCUCUCCUCAAGAAAUCCCUUCUUCACAUCAGGAAGAUCAUCACUCUCAAAACUCUGUCCACCGCCUCGGUUUCAACUCCGAUGAACUCUCCAGUGAGUGUUUUGAUCUCUCAUCCCAUGAUGCCUCUGCCGCCCAUCUCAACCUCCCCGCCCCCUUUGGCAUCCUAGAAGCCUUCAACCGCAACAAUCACCACCAAGAAUGGAAUAGUAUAAAGGGUUCCGAGCUCUCCAUGCUGAUGGGUUCUUCAUGCACUAAUACUCAAAACCUUGAUCAAACCCAAGAGCCGAAGCUUGAGAACUUCCUCGGAGGCCACUGUUUUGCGGAUCAUGAACAAAAACUCCACGGCUGCAACGACAUGUACACCGCAGCCGCUGCCACAGCCGGUGGAGACUUCAUUUUCCCCAACUGUUCUCUCCAACUUCCGUCAGACGGUACAUCAAAUAAUAACAAUGCAACAAGAACAACCAACAACAACACUGGAACCGAAACCGAGACCACCAUCACAAACAACAGCUCCAUUGGGUUGUCCAUGAUCAAAUCUUGGCUAAGAAACCAACCAACACCAACUCAAACCGACACUAAAAACAUCAAUGGAGGCGGUUCUGCACAAAGCUUGUCGCUUUCGAUGAGCACCGGCUCGCAAACCGGCUCACCUUUGCCACUCCUGAAUAAUGGCAGCGGGGGAGAGAGCUCUUCUUCAGAUAACAAGAAGCAACAAAAACCAUCUUCAACGGCAGCGGCAACGACGACGACAGGAGGAGGAGCUCUUGAUGGCCAAACGGGCGCCAUUGAAGCGGUACCAAGAAAAUCCAUUGAUACUUUUGGGCAAAGGACUUCAAUAUACCGAGGAGUCACAAGGCAUAGAUGGACCGGAAGAUAUGAAGCUCAUUUAUGGGACAAUAGCUGUAGGAGAGAAGGCCAAACUAGAAAGGGAAGACAAGUCUAUUUAGGAGGGUAUGACAAAGAAGAAAAGGCUGCAAGGGCUUAUGAUUUAGCAGCGUUGAAAUAUUGGGGUACCACUACAACAACAAAUUUCCCAAUUAGCAACUACGAGAAAGAGUUAGAAGAAAUGAAGCACAUGACCAGGCAAGAGUAUGUUGCGUCUCUACGAAGGAAGAGUAGUGGGUUCUCUCGUGGUGCAUCUAUUUAUCGAGGAGUAACAAGACAUCAUCAGCACGGAAGAUGGCAGGCAAGAAUUGGGAGAGUUGCGGGGAACAAAGACCUUUAUUUGGGCACUUUCAGCACACAAGAGGAGGCAGCUGAGGCCUAUGACAUUGCUGCCAUCAAAUUUCGUGGUCUAAACGCCGUCACAAACUUUGACAUGAGCCGCUACGAUGUGAAUAGUAUCCUCGAGAGCAGUACAUUACCCAUCGGCGGUGCAGCCAAGCGGUUGAAAGACGUGGAGCAGACUCACCAACUAACCCUCGAUGGUGGCGGUGGCCAGCGAACCCUAACCAAUGAACAUGAAAGCCUCGUAACUUCAAACUUCAACCCCUACGCCUCCUCAUCCUCUUCCUCAGCUCACCACCUCCAAAACUGGCAAACCCUAGCAUUCCAACAACCCCAUCAGCAAAACUCUAAUUCCAACUUCUCCAUGCACGGCCACUUCCCCUACAGCCAGCGCCUCUGGUGCAAGCAAGAGCAAGACGCCGAGCUUCACCACCAGCUUCAACUGGGAGGCACCCACAAUUUCUUUCAGCCGUCCGUUUUACACAAUCUUAUGAACAUGGAUCAUCAAUCUUCAUUGGAACACAGCUCGGGCUCAAACUCCGUGAUUUACGGUAACAAUAGCGGGGAUGUGAACGUGAUUCCAAUGGGGACAGUUAUUGCAAACGAUCAUGGAAGUUUUGGUGAAAACGAUAACAAUUUGUAUUAUAUAUCUCAUCAACAAUCUUCAGCGGGAAGCCAAUGCAACAACUGGGUGCCGACAGCGGUUCCCACACUUGCGCCAAGAACGAGUACAAUGGCGUUGUGCCAUGGAGCUCCAACAUUUACAGUGUGGAAUGACACUUAAAUUUGAGGUGAUGGAGAAGAUGUAUACAAAACUGAUUUGCUAAUUUUUCGUUUAUUUUUUUUAUGUUCUAACAAGUUUUAAUUUGAUGAAAUUAAGGGUCAAUGUGACUGAAGUUCGAUCGAUAGCAAGGGGUCUAGUUAAGUAUAAUUUAAGGGAGGAUCAUAUAUUAAUAUCGUAUUGAUUUAGUACAUGAAAUGUCUCAUGGUAACUCCUUGCUAUCAAUUUUGGGAACUUCAGGGUGACAAAAUAUUGAUCCUCGGAAAGUUUUAAUUUUUGUUACUUCAG